AAGGAGAAAAAAAUGAUAGAGAGGGAGGGCGGAGGAGUGGUUUGGACAGAUCUUUUCCAGCCCUUCUUUUCUUUCAACUUAUAGAUCAUCUUUAUACACACACCCACACACUCAGAGGGAGAGCUGCAGUGUAUAGACGGCAACUGUAGAACUGUAGGGCACGGAGUAGACAAAGUAAGGAUGUGACAUCACCAACAGGAAGAGACGCUGAACAACUUUUUCUCUCUUCGGUGUGUUUUCUUUUGCUGCCGUGAGAAGUAAGUGAGCCUCCCAGCCUGUUAUUGGCUGACGGAGAGGGCAUAAACCCAGGAAGGAGCUGGAGGGAGUGUCUGCAGCUGACCUACAGCUUUCUCAGCUGACCUAAUUUUUAAAGUCAAGGGAUCCCACGCCCAAAUCUUCAACAACUUUCCACAACGUUUUCCUGGAUUUUAAGUAUUCCAGCCAGGAGAUGUCUGUUCAUCUGACAACAGGACGUCACUGCAAUCUUUGCCUGACAGACACUGACCCCGUGUGACCUGAUCUAGAAGCUGGCCCUCUUUUAGGAAGGCUCCACAUCUUUGAUCAAACUCUAAACCAAACAUUGUUCUAAGACAGCUCUCCCUCCCUGAAUCUCUGAGGAAACAGAGAACGUCGAUGGCGCUGUGUCUUGGCCAAGUGUUCAUCAAAGACAAAACGUUCAGGCCAAAGAAACGUUUCGAGCCUGGGACACAGCGGUUUGAACUUUACAAAAAGGCCCAGGCCUCACUCAAGUCUGGCCUGGACCUGAGGAAAGUGGUUCAGCUCCCGGAAGGAGAAAGUAUGAACGACUGGAUCGCUGUUCAUGUGGUGGAUUUCUUUAAUAGGAUCAACUUGAUCUAUGGCACGGUGAGCGAAUACUGCUCAGAGCGCACCUGUCCCAUCAUGUCCGGGGGUCUGAAGUACGAGUAUCGGUGGCAGGACGGUGAUGACUACAAGAAACCCACCAAGCUGCCUGCUCUGAAGUACAUGAACCUGCUGAUGGACUGGAUAGAGUCCCUCAUCAAUAACGAGGAGAUCUUCCCCACCAGAGUAGGUGUGCCGUUCCCCAAGAACUUUCAGCAGGUGUGUAAGAAGAUCCUGAGCCGUCUUUUCAGAGUCUUUGUGCAUGUGUACAUCCAUCACUUUGACAGCAUCUGUAACAUGGGAGCAGAGGCCCACAUAAACACCUGCUACAAGCACUACUACUACUUCAUCUCAGAGUUCAACCUCAUUGACCACUCGGAACUGGAGCCACUGAAAGAGAUGACGGAAAAGAUAUGUAAUUAAACAGGAGUGCGGGGACAAGGGAGUCUGCAUUCUGAUGUGAUCUGAGCCUCAUGAGAAAUCAUCAACUUGAAAACAUUAUUAAAAAAAACGUACAGUUUUUAUGGCAGAUGGUGACAAUGUACUUUUACAGAUUUUAUUUUACUCACAGUGCAGUGAUGCAAUUAUAACAGCAUAUUGAUAUUAAAUACACCCAAUGUGCUCAUGUCUUUUUUAUUUUGCAUGUGUAUAUUUGUUCUUUUUUGUUUACGUUUCUGUAUGUGCAGAUGAACAGUGUUGUUUUUUCUAUAAAAGUGGAAUACUUUACAUAUUUUUUGUGUUUUUUUUUAAAUAAAGUCAAAAUGCUAAGAAUGUACUGCAUAUGUUUUAUUUCAAAUGGAUUGUGGUAUAUGACCUUUGCAUAACAUACUGGUACUUUGAUCUGGAUCUUGACCCAUUAUAGUACUAACUUGA